AUGGAGGCUGCUAUUACAAGUAGAGUCACAGAGCUUCAUGAACUUGAUGAGUUUCAUUACCAUGCUUUUGAGAACACCAGACUGUACAAGGAAAGGAUGAAGAUCAUGCACGAUAAGCAUAUUCAAGAGAGGAUUUUCAAACCCAGAGAUGUCGUGUUGUAUAAUUCAAGAUUGAAAUUAUUUCCGCGUAAGAUGAAAUCUAGAUGGUCGGGACCAUUUAGAGUGGUGCAAGUAUUCUCAAGUGGAGCUGCAGAAAUUGAAUCGAAGGAUGGAAUGAAUAGGUUUAGAGUUAAUGGGCAAAGGUUGAAACAUUACCUUGGCAUGGAGGAGGAUAAAGUUGCAUCGGUGAUUCAUUUGAAGGAGCCUCAAAUGUUGAGUGAAUCUUAA